AUGGCCGACCUCUAUCCACAGACGUACUCCAACCGCCAGCCCUAUCACCGCCAGGACCCCCCGCCCCAGCAGUCCUACUCCCUCUCCAACACCGCCUCCCUCGUAUACCCGCCUCCCCUCCUCUCCUCCGUCCCCCAGCCUCUCCACGACGACGACCCGCCCUCGCCCCGCGAUGCACAUUCCCAGUCUCCAUCCCGCGACUCCCAGUCCCCCAAGCGCGACACUCCCCCCGCCCAAAAGUCUGACCCCGCCGGCCCCCAGACCGCAAAGCCCCAGGCGACCUUCUUGACAAAGCUCUACGCCCUCCUCGAACGCCCAGAAAAUCACCACAUGAUCCGCUGGGAUCCCGCCGGCGAGCAUAUCAUUGUCGAGCGCCCUGAGCAGCUCGCCCUUCAUGUUCUCCCCAGCGUCUACCGCCAGUCCCGCUUUGCCAGCUUCUCUCGCCAACUGAACAUCUAUGGCUUCAUGCGCAAGGUCAAUCUUCGAAACGUCGACCCGGCCAUCGACGAUCCCGAUGCUAGCACUUGGUCUCAUCCCACCCUCAACCGUCACUCGCCCGCCGAGAUCGUCGCAAACUUCAAGCGGCGCGUGCCGCCCCGCCUCCCAAAACCUCGCAAGCGCGACGACACAAGCGUCCUGCCGCCUCCCCGCUCUGCAGUAGGCGUCAGCCCUCUUCCGCUGUCUAGUCCAGACCCUCUGGGCCAAAACAAGGGUGCUCGUGCGCGCGGUUUCUCUGCUCCUGGCUCGUUCACUCCGCUUAACCAGCCUGGUGCAGCUGGUUGGAACACAAGCUAUCCCCGCAGUACCCUCCCUCCCCUCACCGUCCCGUCCGACCCCGUCUCUUCCCAUGGCACAAUGUACUCGCACUCGGCCCAUCCCCUCAACCCCAUCACCCCAACCGAGGAAACGCCGUCUUCUGCCUCUUUCAGCCCCCUCACCUACACCAACCCUGCACGCGACACCAUGAUGCUGCCGUCCCCCUCAUCCCAGUAUCCGUACGCCGAGCAGACCAGCAGCUGGCAAUUCUCCCCGACCAGCACCGCCUCGUCCCACUCGUCCGGAAGCCUCUCUAGCUUGCUGAACCCCAGCAGCAGCGUCAAUGGAGGUUAUUCUAACGCCUCCCGUCCGACCCCUCCAACGAUCAACACGUACUCCUACUCUGGUGUCCCCAUGGCCAGGAGCCACCACAGCGCUGCACCUCUCUCGCCGGAAAGCCGCCCGACCUCGGGCUAUUCCGUGUCGUCGAUGGCAUCUCUGCCCCCCUACGAUGAUUCGCAGCAUUAUUCCCACCACGACUACUCGCGGCCCAACUCCAGCCACCAGUCUUCUGUAGUGCGUCCGCUGACACCGUCCUCGUCGCGCCCACCAUCUUCUAGGUCGUCCUACAACACGGGCUCUCUGAGCAUCCGACGGGCGCGCCGCCACAGCCAGGCGAUGCCAUACCCGUCUCCGUACGCGGAGCAUCCGCCCCAGUCGGCAGGCUCGGAGCGACCCUCGAGCUCCCCGCAUCCGUCGGACGAGCACAACGGAAUCCCCCGAGUGCGAAGCAUGAUGCAAUUGCCUUCGGUAGACGGGUAUGGCUUCAAUCCCGCUCAGGCGGACUUUGCGUACGCGGCGGUGGACGAAAGCCACGGUGCACAUGCCAUGUACGGUGCGAAUGGCAUCGCCGGGCGCAGCCUGCGGCCAUCGACGUCCGCGUCCUCUCUGUCGACGAGCAGCUCUGCGGCUAACACGCCUGGUGGGGAUGGGUACGGGGCGGGGGCGGGAGAGGCAGAUAUCAGCCGAUUCUCACCCGACUUCGGCUUCGUGCAGAUGAACGAACACCUCCCGCAAUACGCUAAGCCGGACCUCUAG